AUGGACGUAUAUGUUCAGAUCAUGGGCCUGGACUCAGGAAAAACGCACAGAGUCAAAGCGCUGCUCAAUAGUGGCUGCAGUACCUGCUGCAUCGAUACUGACUACGCGCGGGCAGAGAAGUUGGAUAUCCAAGAGCUUCCGCAACCCAUCGUGGCUCGUAACGCCAACAACACCGAGAACAUCAGUGGACGAAUCACGCAUUACGUCGACUUGAGGAUGAGAAUUGGCCCUCAUGUGGAGACACGCACGUUCCUUCUGACGUGCUUAGGGAAAGCUCGGAUCUUCAUCGGUCUUGAUUGGCUGACGGAACACAACCCCGAGGUGGAUUGGCAAGAGCAGACCAUGAGAUUCAGCCGAUGCCCAGAGCGAUGUCACAUGAGGGGUCACGAGGAGCACCAAGUGAUGAUCGACAUGGAUGCAAUUAACCUGGAUGUGGACGCACCGGAUCUGGAAGAAGGAGAGUCGAUCCUGUUGGUCGACUUUGGGAAGGAAGUGGAUCUACGGCUGAAGGAAAUGCCGGCACAGAAAUUCGCAGAAGAAGCGGAAAAGGAGAAGGAGAGGAUGACCGAGGGGAAGAUUCCCAAUCAAUACCGGGAAUUUGUCAAGGUGUUUGCAAAGGAAUCGUUUGACUCGCUACCAGACAGACGCACAUGGGACCAUGCGAUUGAGCUCAAACCCAGCUCCAAAGCAGUGGACUGCAAGGUCUACCCGUUAUCACAAAACGAACAGGUCAAACUCGACGAGUUCUUACAGGAGAACCUAGCCAGCGGACGGAUCAGACCCUCAAAAUCACCCAUGGCAUCAGCAUUCUUCUUUGUCAAGAAGAAGGAUGGCUCGCUACGACCUGUCCAAGAUUACCGGAAGUUGAAUGAGAUGACAAUCCGAAAUCGGUACCCACUACCCCUGAUCUCCGAACUGGUCCACAACCUGUGCGGUGCCAAGUUCUUCACCAAGCUAGACAUCCGGUGGGGAUAUAAUAACAUACAGAUCAAAGAAGGCAAUGAGUGGAAGGCUGCAUUUUGCACAAACCGCGGACUUUACGAGCCCUUGGUUAUGUUCUUUGGUCUCACAAAUUCCCCGGCAACCUUUCAAAACAUGAUGAACAAUAUACUCCGGGAACUGAUCAACGAGGGACAUGUGGUAGUCUAUCUGGACGAUAUACUAAUCUUCACAGAAAAUCUGGAUGAACAUCGACGAAUCACCAAACGGGUACUUGAGUUGCUCCAAAAGCACAAGUUAUACCUGAAGCCGGAGAAGUGCAAGUUCGAACGCACAGAGAUCGAGUACCUAGGUGUAAUCAUCAGACACAACUCGAUGCGUAUGGACCCUGUCAAGAUCAAGGGUGUGAUGGAAUGGCCAGAACCAAAAAGCGUCAAACAAGUUCAAGCCUUCCUCGGAUUCACAAACUUCUAUCAACACUUCGUUUGGGGAUAUGCGGAGGUGGCCAAGCCGUUAACACGGUUGACAGGGAAGGCAGGAUGGACAUGGGGUGCAGAUGAGUGUGCAGCAUUUGAUGGGUUGAAGAAGAGAAUCGCGGAGGAUGCGGUCUUAGCACUGCCAAGUGACACCGGCCAAUAUCGUCUGGAAGCCGAUGCUUCGGAAGGGGCAACAGGCUCCGUUUUGAGCCAAAACCAAGACGGCAUUUGGCGCCCAAUCGCGUUUAUUUCACAUGCACGCAUUGACCGAAACCGAGCGAAAUUACGAGAUCUACGACAAGGAAAUGCUUGCAAUCAUGUUAUCAUUGGACGAAUGGAGGCAGUUACUACUAGGAGCCACAGAAACGUUCAAGAUCUUCACUGA